ACGCGGGAACUGGGUGGCACCUCAUCGAUUCUAUCUAUUAAGAGUCUCCAUAUUUUACACGUAACCCAGAUACGUUAUUGAUACCGAUUAAAUUUCCUUGCCACCAAAAAAUAAAAAAUAAAAAAUUUGUGCACGGUAUUGGAAAAAUGGCUCCGCAAACCAGCGUGGAAAAAUACUCAAGCUGAUUGUCACCAACUCACCAUUCAUCAAUGUUUUGGGGAGAAGUGCGGUGUGCCCCAUUGGCAGUCAAUCGGGGCCGAUGGCCUUGAAAACGCGUGUAAAGUGUUACAUUUUCCGGCAAUGUGGCAACGUCUGUUCGCGGCUCCUCCUUUGUCGAAACAUUUAGCUCGCUUUUCCCGUUUUCCGUUGAACCGGCUUUGUUGUGUUGUUGCCUGACAGUAUUUAAUAUCCCAGUUAAUUUGACUAUUACAAUUGUGUCUCUUAAUAUUUUUGGCGGCGAGGUGUUCAACACGUUCGAAGCCUCGUAGCUUCUUAUUAAAAUGUCGAAAUCGGAAGAGGAAAGUAGUCCUGUUGAAACUCCAGCUGACACUGGCGAAAAUUCUGUAAGUGCCCAUCAUGAAUUGCAAACAGAAUCUUCCUCGCGUUCUUCAAUUUCCAAAGGCAGAGAUGAUUUUGAAAAGAAAACGGAAGUUGACCGUAGUAAGAGGUUUGAUUACCUCUUGAAACAAACUGAGCUUUUUGGGCAUUUUAUGGCAGCGCCAGGUACCAAAGCUCCAUCAAGCCCCUUAAAACUGAAACCAGGCAGACCCCGUAAAGAAAAAAAAUCAGAUGCUGGAGAUAACCGACAUAGGAAAACUGAACAAGAAGAAGAUGAAGAAUUAAUGGAAGAAGUCAAGGCAUCUGAGAAAGCAGCACUUGUUACACGAUUUGAUACAUCACCAUUUUAUAUCAAAGGAGGAGAGAUGAGGGACUAUCAAGUCCGUGGUCUCAAUUGGAUGAUUUCUCUGUAUGAGAAUGGCAUCAAUGGCAUCUUGGCUGAUGAAAUGGGGUUGGGAAAGACUCUGCAGACAAUAUCUUUGUUGGGGUACAUGAAACACUAUCGCAACAUCAAUGGACCUCACAUGGUUAUUGUCCCAAAAUCAACACUUGCAAACUGGAUGAACGAAUUUAAAAAGUGGUGUCCUACCCUUCGUACCGUAUGCCUCACAGGAGAUCAAGAAACUAGGGCCAACAUCGUUAGAGAUGAAAUCAUGCCAGGGGAAUGGGAUGCUUGCGUUACUUCCUACGAGAUUGUUAUGAAAGAACGCGCUGUGUUCAAGAAGUUCAAUUGGCGUUAUAUGGUUAUUGACGAAGCACAUCGCAUCAAAAAUGAGAAAUCAAAACUCUCCGAAAUUGUCCGAGAGUUUAAAACAUCCAACCGUCUGCUCAUUACCGGAACGCCUCUUCAAAAUAACUUGCAUGAACUUUGGGCACUACUUAAUUUCCUUUUACCAGAUAUUUUCAACAACUCAGAGGAUUUUGAUGAGUGGUUUAACGCCAAUAACUGCCUCGGUGAUGAUUCUUUAAUCCAUCGCCUGCAUGCCGUUCUUCGACCAUUCCUCCUCCGUCGUCUUAAAGCUGAGGUGGAGAAACGGUUGAAGCCUAAAAAAGAAGUAAAAGUCUACAUCGGACUUAGCAAAAUGCAACGUGAAAUGUACACUAAAAUCUUAAUGCGAGAUAUCGACAUCGUUAACGGCGCCGGAAAAUUAGAAAAAAUGCGACUACAAAAUAUUCUUAUGCAACUCCGUAAGUGUUGUAACCACCCGUACCUUUUCGAUGGUGCUGAGCCAGGGCCGCCGUACACCACUGAUGAACAUAUUGUUUACAACUGCGGCAAAAUGGUUAUCUUGGACAAACUCUUACCAAAAUUAAAGGUACAGGGAUCUCGUGUACUUAUCUUCAGUCAAAUGACUCGGAUGCUUGACAUCUUAGAGGACUAUUCCCUAUGGCGGGGUCAUAAUUACUGCCGGCUUGAUGGUAGCACUCCUCACGAGGAUCGACACCGUCAAAUUGAAGAGUUUAAUGCGCCAGACAGCAAGAAAUUUUUGUUUAUGCUUUCAACGCGAGCUGGUGGCUUGGGUAUUAACUUGGCUACGGCUGACGUAGUUGUCCUAUUCGAUUCGGAUUGGAACCCUCAGAUGGAUCUCCAAGCUAUGGAUCGAGCCCAUCGUAUCGGUCAAUUGAAGCAGGUCAGGGUUUUCCGGUUCAUUACAGACAACACAGUGGAGGAAAAGAUUGUUGAGAAAGCUGAAGUGAAACUGCGACUCGACAAAUUGGUCAUUCAACAAGGACGGCUACUUGACAAAACCAACAGCGCACUGAACAAAGAUGAAAUGCUGAACAUGAUUCGGCAUGGUGCAGACCACGUUUUUGCCUCCAAAGAUUCAGAUAUUACAGACGAGGACAUCGAUAGUAUUUUAGCCAAAAGCGAGAACAGGACCCAAGAAGUCGCUGAACGUUUAGAGAAACUCGGUGAAUCAUCUCUCCGCAAUUUUACGUUGGACGCACCGACAGAGUCUGUCUAUCAAUUUGAGGGAGAAGACUAUCGAGAAAAGCAGAAGUCGAUUGUGGGUGCCUGGAUUGAACCACCUAAGCGUGAACGCAAAGCCAACUAUGCAGUCGACGCGUAUUUUAGAGAAGCACUACGAGUUACGGAACCUAAAGCCCCAAAAGCUCCCCGACCUCCAAAACAACCCAUUGUGCAAGAUUUUCAAUUUUUCCCACCUCGGCUAUUUGAGUUGCUUGAUCAAGAGAUCUACCAUUACCGUAAAACGGUGGGCUACAAGGUACCUCGCAACUCAGAGUUAGGAGCCGAAGCUGCUAAAGUUCAACGGGAAGAACAGCGGAAGAUUGACGAGGCCGAGCAAUUAGCGGAUGACGAACAGGCAGAGAAAGAAAGCCUUCUGACUCAGGGUUUUACGGCUUGGACGAAGCGGGACUUCAACCAGUUCAUUAAAGCUAAUGAGAAGUAUGGCAGGGAUGAUAUUGAAAAUAUUGCAAAAGAAGUCGAAGGUAAAACUCCUGACGAAGUGAUGGAAUACAGUGCAGUUUUUUGGGAGCGGUGUCAUGAACUACAAGAUAUCGACCGAAUUAUGGCCCAAAUUGAGCGUGGUGAAGCUAAAAUCCAACGACGAACAUCGAUCAAGAAAGCUUUAGAUGCAAAGAUGUCAAAGUAUCGAGCUCCCUUCCAUCAAUUACGUAUUGCCUAUGGAACUAACAAAGGAAAAAAUUACACUGAGGAAGAGGACCGCUUUUUAGUUUGCAUGCUACAUCGUUUAGGAUUCGACAAAGAGAACGUAUAUGAAGAGCUGCGAGCUGCCGUUAGAUCUGCCCCCCAGUUCCGUUUUGACUGGUUCUUGAAGUCGCGAACAGCAAUGGAGCUACAGAGACGCUGCAAUACUCUCAUUACCUUGAUUGAGAGGGAGGUUCAAGAAUGGGAAGAAAAGGAAAAGGUAGACAAGAAGAAACGGGGACCCAAGACUAGCAUAGGAACUAAAGUUGAAGCCAUACCGAAAUUGGAGGACGACGGAGCCAAAAGUGAAGCAACACCAACAAAGGGUUCAAAACGCAAAAGCGAGGCAGCUGUUGGCACUCCAGAAACAAAAGGACGUGGAAAGAAAAAGAGAACUUAAAAAAUAUAGCUAAUAAAUAAACGUGGCAAACAAAUGAAAUGACAGACGGGACGAAUAUAAGAAAAAUGAUUCUUUGAACGAGCCAUUCCUGCUCCUCUUCUUUUAAAAUUUCUCAUGGUAUUUAUUUACCGAUUCAUUAAUGUACUAUUUCGUGACUCAAUACACAUAAAUUCUGGAA